GGGCUCACAGGGGCUUUCAGUCCAGCUCUCCUGGAGUUUCUUGCCCGAAGCUUCGUGCGGUACUUCCUCGCUAGUUUGACUGUCUCGCCGUUCGUUUCUCGUUGAGAACACAAUCAGUUCCUCCAAGAUGAAGGUCCUGCUUCUGUGCGGAAUGAUCCUGGCUGGAGCUUUCCUUGCUGAGGCGGCUAGUGGCAGCGAGUUGUGCUCUUUGACCAAUGAAGAAUUCAAGACAUUGUUGAAGUGCAUGGGAGACCACGUCGACCCCGAGUUCAAGGAAACCGUGAAGCAGGUCAUCGGCGGCAAGACGGACAAGGUGUACGAGGUUCUUAAGAAGCAGUGCGAGGCAGGAGUGGACUUUGGCGCUCUGCUGACUUCCGUGUUCUCGGAGAAUGUAGCGACCUCUGUCCGGAGUGCCUACGCUGCAUGCAAACCACUCAAGAAUUGAAGGAUUUUUCUGAAGCCAACGAACCGUAAAACGAAGAGUUCAGCACAGUUAAACGCCGGAAUUAAAUUAAAAAAGUGAUGCAGACUUGUGUCUUCCGUGCCUCAUUUAUCAAUUAUUAAAGCAG